AUGUUGCCAUCAGGAAUAUGUAGCUCAAGUUCAGAGCGGCAGAGGCGACCAUCGAGCAGCUCCAGCUCGAGCCCAAUUCGUCGGCAGCGAGUUUCGCGCCGGCUGAUCGUUCGCGCUCGCGCUGCACGCAAGAAGCUCACUCGGGACACCCCUCGAGACGGCGGCGCAUCUCAGUCCCAUGUCGUUGACCCAAGCGACUCCGACAAGGCGUUCACUACGAUGGCGGCGGGCACCGCGGGCACGUCGCCACGUACGAUGUGCAGCCAUACCGCACGAAUGUCGAACACGGUCCGCAUAUUCGACAGUUCUGGCCAGAGGAAUGUGGUAGGAUCGAAGGCCAUGCAGGCAUUGUCGGAGUUCGGGGAAAUCGCUCGCGUCGACACCAGCAUCGCGGGCACGCUCGGGACCGUACUGGUGACGUACUUCGACGUGCGGUGUGCCCAGUUUAUGAUGCGGCAUGCGGCAUCCCGCGUAGAACCUGUCCCGCCGGCAUCCCACGACUGCCGCACCGUCGCAGUGGACUUGUCCAGCUACUACACGAGGGCAGGUUGCACAGGAGGGUUCCAAGAUUUUGGGGAGGUGGCCCACGUCGACGUGUUUGCGGAGCAAGUGGUCGUCGAGUUCUACGAUCUUCGCUCCGCACAAGCACUCCUCGCGGCUGCUGGUGACUGCGCCACCCCAGCACUAGGAGCCAUCCCUGUGCUGGCCACCGACCAGACGCGCGAGCUGCGCGGAAGUGUCCUCGCGCAUCUCCGGGCGCCGCCUGGCCUGGCACGCCCGGCGGCGGCCCCCGACAGCCCCUGCCGCAAAGGCCGCGGCGGCAUGCCGGGAGUCGCCUCGGAGCAGGCUGGCGCCGCGCCUGCUCCUCACCGCGGUGCUCAGUCCACGAUCGCCAAGAGGCGGUUCCAGAAGUUCGACGUCAAUCCGGACGCCAUCUUGAAGGGUGAGGAGAGGCGCACGUCCGUGAUGGUGAGGGGCCUGCAGGGGAGGAAGUUUGCACAUGUGGAGUGGCAGCGAGGAAAUCCGAUGUCCUGGCAGAACGUGUUGAAAACGCAGAGGGAGUUCUUCGAAUUGCCAGUAGAGCUUGUCAAAAAGAACCUGUAUGUGGACUAG